UGUACACUAAAACGAGCGGGUUUACAAUUUACACGUGUUCUACCUGUUUCGAAAUUACUUCAGACCAUAUGGUGAUCUAAAACACAAUAUUUAUAAAAUUUCAAUCAUAUCCCUCUUUAAGCAGAACUUCAAGUCCCUUGUCAUUUUACCCUAACAGUCGGACUUUCAAUGGAUAAAUUAACAGAUACGCUCCAACGUGAUCUCAACAAAUUGCAAACUAACUAUCAGAAAUCAGUUGAAGAAGCCUUAGGUAUCCUGGAUACUGGAUAUCUACGUAAAAUACAGGCGAAUUUCUUUCGUUGCGGUUUGAAAUGCUGUGAAAACACUAGUGCACCUAUUGAUGAAGUACAACGAUGCAUACAACGGUGUGAAACUCCUUUGAGUCGAGCACAUGAAUUAAUGCAGUCGGAAGUUGACAUGUUUCAAACAAGAACACAACAGUGUGCUUCUGAAUGUGCUAAUCGAGCCCGUGACAAACUAAGCACAGAUGCCAGUGAAUCGCAAAUGAAAGCUGCUCAACGUGAAGUAUUGACAUGCUCUCAAGCAUGUGUAGACAAUCAGCUGGCAAGUGGACUACCAGCGCUUAUUACUCGGUUGAAAGAACAACUGCAAAAGUUGAAGCAGGAUGAAGUUGGAAUUGUUAGUUGAUUUAUAUAUACAUAUAUACACAUAAAUUCUAUUUAUAUAAAUAUUAGUGUGUAAAUAGUAUUGCAUUACUCUUGACUGAUUAGCUACCGUACAAAUACAUCUUUUUCUAAACAUA